AAUAGCCACGCCGUCGCUAAAAUGUGCAGCCUAGGAAACGAUACAAUAUUAUUUUGUCAUUGAACGAGGGUUGCUAUUGUAAACAAUGGACAUUAAAACUUAUGAAAAGAGGUGGAAUGCCAGAUACACCCAGAUGUUGCUAUCACUUUACAGUGAACGACAAGCUGAUUUCCGAGAUCCAAACAGAAAGAUCAAAGAUGUCUGGGGCGAAAUGGUCGUCGUUAUGCGAAAUCAGGGAAUGCUAGACGUUGAUGCCGUUCAGCUGGAUCGGAAAUUCAGGAACCUGAAAAAAACGUAUUACUGCAUAAGAAACAAGCAUUUGGCUAAAGGUCCGCAAUUCCAUCCCAACUGGCAGUUUUACGACGAGAUGUCGUCGAUUCUAAAGGAUGAACCUGCCCCAUCGCAACUCUUCACCAUGGAUGAUUUCUCGGCUAUGAGAACAUUCCUAUGCGACGAUGAUACUUCGGGCAAUAUGGUAUUCAACAAUAUGCAGGAAGGCAGGAUGCUAUCUUUGGGCACGGUCAAACAAGUCAUUCCCCGGCCAGUUCGUCCAUAUCGAAAACGAAAGUCGGAGGAUGCAGGACAACUCAGGAUGCAGAAAAUCCGGAGUUACAAGUUGCGAGCGGAACCACCAAGGGAAUUGGAUCACAUUCCGGUCGUUAAUGCCGCAGAGCCCGAGACCAAUGAUUUGGGAUCCAAAGAUGAGCUGUCUAUUGGAAGCAUGGAGGAGGCAUUGAGGCACAUGAGAGCCCUACAGGAGUACGCAAUGAUCCAGGAUAACUUUCGGGCAAUCGGAUUGCUCAUGCAGGCGGAACAAGCCAUCCAAUACCCGCCCAAAACCGACGACUUCAAAGAGGAAGAAACGUAGUGUCCUCAUAGAUAACCAUAGAAACUAGCUAGUACAUAAUAAAUAAAUUUAAUUCAAUUAAAACCGGUAAAGUUCGCGUACUGUAA